AUGCAUUCUUUGCCUUUGCAAGACAUCGAUCAACUCUAUAACACAGCUAAUAAAUAUAUUCGUUUGGCUUCAAGAUGCUUUAUCGGUGUAAAUCAAAGUUCAAACAAAGCUGCUAGGUUACCUUUAUCUAUCACAGAGGCAAUGACGGCAAAAGAGGAUAAACCAAUUUCUGAUAAAAGCAUAACCUCAGAAACAAUGGGAACAUCUCAAUGUCCAAUCAAUGCCAGAUCGCCGUCAGAAAGGAUUACACCUCAGAUGAAACGUAGCCUAGAAUCGAUUAAGGCUCCCGUUAUCCUCUACAGGCGUAACGACAUUCAAAAAUCAAUAAGGCUAUCCGAUGCAGAUCAAGAACGCUCAGUAAAACAAAUGGAGCAAUACAUAUUUUCAUUGCCGAAGCAAGAACCAUUUCUGCCGCCUCAGAUACCGAUGAUUACCUUAGCAGAUCCUAAUAUUUAUGAAGCUGGUGAAAGUUAUAGUGUUCAUGAUUAUCAAUACCUUUCAUCCGAACGCGAUGUUGCUCUUUGGCACACUAUUCAGUCAUCACCUGGAAACUGUAACAUUUUCGUCAGAAAUUUAUCCGUGCAAGUUACCAAAGAUAUUUUAUGGGAAGCUUUUAAACCUUUUGAUUCCAAGAAUGCUGCUAUAACGGUAAAUAUUAUUCGGAAUCCCUCUACUAAGUUACCUAGAGGAUUCGGAUUUGUUAUAUUUACUAACAGAAGAUCAGCCGAAGAAGCAAUGAUUUGUAUGCAAGAUUUCGAAUUGUUUGGACGAAAUAUGCAGUUAGGCUGGGGAAAAAGUUUUCUUGAUCAGCAGCCAGUAACAAAAGCAAAGACAGGUGACAUUGAUUUAGAUACCGUUAGCAUUCAAGAAUCUAAUACUGAUCUAAUAUAUAAUGCAGCAGAUAAACCGAAAAGAAAGCGUAGUAGAUGGGAUGUGGUCAAUUGCUCAAAUGAUCCUAAAAGCAAACCGAAUACACAAAUUACGUUGAAGUCGUCAUCAAUCAAUUCUGCUGAUCUUAUUGAAAGGUUAAAGAAAGCUAGUAAUAGCUUAGUUUGGCUAACAAAGCAGCAAUUAAAGCUGGUAUGCAAGGAACUACGAAAUACCGGAGUGACUGGUCAUAUCGGUGUUUUUGGAAUGUAUUAUGAACCUGAUAAUCGUAGGUUGUAUGUACGUUACAGUGUCAAUGUCAACAUGGCUACAUUAAUGUUAAUAUUCGCCAAAUAUGGUUCCGCGAAAGUCAAAGCUAAUGAAAAAAAGCAGGGUAGAGCAACCGGUAGUGCAUUUGUUCAGUAUGACAACGCGGAAAGUGCUUUGAAAGCAAUGAACGAAUUAAAUGGAGAAGAAGUUGGUGGACUACCGUUACAAUUAGCGAUUGCUGAGCCUGCUCAUUCGCGUAAAGUUCUUAAUAGUUAG